AUGGACGACGAAUCCGUACAGAUCCGGAUCCGGAACUACGUGAUUUCUCACUUCUCGAAGCUCUUAUUAUUGGUCCCUUCAAUGGCGGUUUUGGUCACGAAUGUCUCCCGGUUAAGCCUAAACCAGCUCUGUCUCAAUCUCCAGCUCCAAUACAAUUUCGCAGGAUUCAUCUUCCUCAUCGCCGUCGCCGUUUUCGGAUCAACCCUCUUCUUCAUGUAUCGACCUAGAUCCGUUUACCUCCUCGACUACUCCUGCUACCUCCCGCCGUCGAAUCUCCAAGUUAGCCGCCAGAGAUUCAUGAACAAUUCUAAACUGGUUGACAAUUUCAACGAAUCGUCGCUUGAGUUCCAGCGGAAGAUCCUGAACCGAUCCGGUCUCGGCGAAGAAACUUACCUCCCGGAGUCAAUCCUCUGCAUCCCGCCGCGUCCGACUAUGGCGGCGGCGCGUGAGGAAGCGGAGCAGGUGAUGUUCGGCGCACUCGACAACCUCUUCGAGAGUACCAAAAUCAGCCUUAGGGAGAUUGGUGUUCUGGUGGUGAACUGCAGUUUGUUUAACCCGACGCCUUCUUUAUCCGCCAUGAUUGUGAACAAGUAUAAGCUCAGAGAAAACAUCAAGAGCUUCAACCUCGGUGGAAUGGGGUGCAGUGCUGGUGUCAUCGCCGUUGAUCUAGCGAACGACAUGUUGCAGAUCCAUAGAAACACGUUCGCUCUUGUGGUUAGCACAGAGAACAUCACUCAGAAUUGGUACUUUGGUAACAAGAAAGCAAUGUUGAUCCCUAACUGCUUGUUUAGGCUCGGUGGAUCCGCGGUUCUGCUCUCGAACAGGUCUCGUGAUCGGAAACGAUCCAAGUAUAAGCUUGUUCACACGGUGAGGACUCAUAAAGGAUCUGAUGAGAAAGCAUUCAAAUGUGUGUACCAAGAACAAGACGAGGCUCUGCAAACCGGAGUUUCUUUGUCUAAAGAUCUAAUGGCUAUAGCUGGAGAAGCUCUCAAGACGAAUAUCACCACUUUGGGUCCUCUGGUUCUUCCCAUAAGCGAGCAGGUUUUGUUCUUUGCGACUUUUGUUGGUAAUAGAUUUUUCAAUGCCAAGAAGAAGAAGAAGCCUUACAUACCUGAUUUCAAGCUUGCCUUUGAUCAUUUCUGCAUCCACGCGGGAGGUAGAGCCGUGAUCGAUGAACUAGAGAAGAGUUUAAAACUUUUGCCAAAACAUGUGGAAAGUUCAAGGAUGACACUGCAUAGGUUUGGAAACACUUCCUCGAGCUCUAUAUGGUAUGAAUUGGCUUACACAGAAGCUAAAGGAAGAAUGAUGAAAGGGAAUCGAGUUUGGCAGAUUGCCUUUGGGAGCGGGUUUAAGUGUAACAGCGCCGUGUGGGUGGCUCUUCGUGAUGUUGAGCCAUCGGUUAACAAUCCUUGGGAACAUUGCAUCCAUAGAUAUCCGGUUAAGGUCGAACCUUGA